GCGCAAACCAUCCACAACUCGGCCAAACCCAACACAACAGCUGCCAAAUUUACUAUUCCUCGCCGUCGCCGUGCAAACCUCCAAAAACCCACGCGUUUUACACAACAACCGCGUCGCCGAGCCAUUCUGUCCUAUAUACAUACGAGUACAGCAAGCCAAGCGUCUGCCAUCCUCCUCCACUUGUUUCCUGGGCAUCGAGAUCGAGAGAGAGAGAGAGAGAGAGAGAGAGAGAUUUCACACACACGACAAGAGAAGAGAACAGAAGGGAAGAGGAGGAGCAGAUCUCGAUCGGCGGCGCGGCGAUGGGUUCGGCGAGCAGGGCGGUGUCGUGCCUGUGCUGCCCGUGCAAGUGCCUGGCGUGCGGCCUCUUCAGCUGCCUCUGCAGCAUCCUCAUCUCCCUCCUCGUCACCGUCGGCGUCCUCGCCCUCAUCUUCUACCUCAUCUUCCGCCCCCACAUGAUCGCCGCCACCGUCGACUCCGCCUCCCUCGUCCAGUUCACCCUCGCCCAGAACUCCGCCCUCGCCUACAACCUCAACGUCGACCUCACCGUCCGCAACCCCAACAAGCGCGUCGGCCUCUACUACGACAACGUCGAGUCGCUCGCCCUCUUCGACGGCCAGCGCUUCGGAUACGCCCCCCUCGACCCCUUCUUCCAGUCCACCGAGGCCUCCACCAAGCUCUCCCCCUCCUUCAAGGGCCAGCAGCCGCUCACCGGCGACAUCACCGCCGCCAACUUCAGGUCGCAGCAGACCAGCGGCAAGUUCGACAUCGAGGUCAAGCUCAACGCCAAGCUCAGGGUCAAGGUCUGGGCCUUCAAGGUCCCCGGACCCAAGGCCAAGAUUAGCUGCCCGAUCACGGUCCCGGUGCCCAACUCCAACUCCGCCGCAUUCCAGCCCACCGACUGCAAAGUCUGGUUCUGAUUCCCCCCACCGUUCUCUGUCUCAUGGAUUGGUUCGCAUUUGGGGAUUAUUAGCCAGCCUACUAUCACUAUGUUCUAUAUGGAUGGAUGGGUGGAUUCUUUUGUUUCUUUCGAUUUGUUGAUGAGGGAUUUAGCUGCUCGCCGGAUGUAGCUGUACAUGGUCGCGGUUUAGGUUCUCUAGCGACUGUCAUGCACAUAUUAUCGAUCCAUUGAUCUAUGUCUUGUUCUUAUUUUUCCCCUCUCUUUGGGCACUGCUUACUUACUGCUGUUACAGAUCGGAUAUGUUGAUACAUUCAGAUUUUAUUCAGGUUCACCUAUUACUUAUAUCUACUACUUUCUGUGACCA